AUGGCGAAGACGCGUAGAAGGAAAAAGCGCACGCACGUGGUGGAGGGCACAGACAGUGCCAAGAAAGCGGAGCCGCGCACGUUUGUGUUCAAGCGCGGCAAGCACGGGGCCCUGCUGUCCCCCCUGGAGGCGGACCUGCGGCGCAUGAUGCUGCCCAAUACGGCCCUCAACCUGCGCGAGUCCAAGCGCAACCAGAUGAAGGACUUUGUGUCGGUGGCGGGGCCCCUGGGCGUGAGCCACUUCAUGAUCCUCACAGCCACUGACAGCAGCAGCUACCUGCGCGUCGCCAAGGCACCCAGGGGCCCCACCCUGACAGCGCGCAUCAAGGGCUACUCCCUGGUGCGCGAUGUCGCGUCAUCGCUGCAGCGGCCCCGCAUGCCGCCAAACGCCUUCAAGUCGGCGCCGCUGGUGGUGCUCAACGGCUUCCAGGGCGGCGGCCAGCACCUGCAGCUGGCGGCCAGCCUGGUCCAGGCCAUGUUCCCGCCCAUCAGCGUGCAGAGCGUCAAGCUCAGCGCUUGCCAGCGCAUCGUGCUGCUGUCCCACGACAAGGCCAGCGGCCUGAUCAGCCUGCGCCACUACAGCAUCUCCACCGCCCCCAGUGGCAUCAAGAAGUCCCUCAAGGCGCUGCUGGCCAAGAGGGCCCUGCCGGGGGACAUGGGGGCGCUGCGUGACGUCAGCGAGCUCGUGACUAAGAGCGGAUACGGCUCGGUGCGCGGCCUUGGGGGAGUCUGA